AUGAUGAUGAAUUUCCAGAAAUAUCCACCUCAUCCUGUGUAUCACCCACAUCCGCCGCUCCUGGGUACUUCGCACGACCCUCGUAUUGCUCCGCCGCCGCCUCGUCCGUACGGGACUGCUCCUCCCCCUCCGGCUCGAACAUACCUGGAUCCUUACAGUCGCAGUGAAGUCGAGAUGUCUCGUCUACCGGCCGCCUAUCACUAUCCUCAGCCCUCGUCGACGCCCGCGACGUCUACUUCCUACGCCGCCCAGACCGUGUAUGCGCCAUUUCGGACAGAGAGCAGCGGGUAUCACGUCUCACAGACGACCCGCGGUGUCGCGACCCGGCAUAGUAUGGAGGCGGAAAUCAAGCAGCCUAAUAAUCGUCAGAGCCAGAGCCAGAACCAGAACCAGACCAUGAAUCAUAGUCAUAAUCUUAAUCAGCACAAUCGCCCGGAGCGUCGUAUGGUGUACCGCGAAGGUCCUCAAGAUCAAUCCUCCACACAGUCUAUAGGCACUCGUCGAAUGCCUCCUCCCUCGCCGCCGCAACAUUACCCGUCACGAGGUCAAUCGGGAAAUACUUCAUCCCUUUCCAACCCCUUCAUGUCGCGUGAGCCUCCUAGCAACCCGGCUCAUCAUCGUCCUGGGAGCAGCAUGUCGAUAUCUUCCAUGCUAGGCUCGGACGCUGACCGACCUGCUCGGGAUGUAGGCUCAUCAUCGUCCAUUUUUUCCCGGCUGCCAGUGUCCUCCGCUCCGUUUGGAAGCGCGCCUCCACCCUCCGCCCCCAGCGCCAUGUCUCCCCCCUCGGCUCCCGCUAGACCCUCCCCAUUCGAAUACGCUCCCUUCCGACGGUCACACACGCCGGAGAAGCCUUUCUCGAAAACCCAGUCGGCGCGACCGUACCGAUCCAGCUCCGGCGGGCUUUCUCACCCCGCCGCUCCCGAACCGAGCAAGUUUGGAGGACUGGCUCGCGUGGCGCCGCCCGCCUCGCAGUAUCCUGAUAAACCGCAUUCAACGCACCCGUCUCCGCAGAUCUCCUCCGCCGACGCCGCUUAUGGCGAAACGCGUCGACUGAGUUUCAGCGCUCCCGCUCCGCGCCCGAAUAGUCAGCCCCAGCACCUCGAUCCCCCCGCUCGACCUGCCGGCUAUAGUCCCAUGGCGCGCUCGAGCGCAGCACCCGGGGAAAGCUUGUUCGCGACGGCACACCAUCGGUCUGGCUCGUAUGUGGGUCAUGAACAACCGCACGGCCGUUAUGGAGGGUUGUAUGGUGAUCGCCACUUGGAGGAACAAGCCCAUAGGGACCGGGAACGGGCCUUGGCCCACGAAGCGGACUCCAAAGGAGCCCCUCCACCGUCGACACGAUAUAAUGCGCAUUACGGAGAGCGGGAUCCUGCAGCUACCCGCCAACAAGGAUUGUCUGCGUGGGACCUCGGUCGCUCUCAGCCUGGGUCGCCGGAGAACAAGCGUUUUUCUGCUUCCGAGACUGGGUCCGGGUUCGGGUUUGGCGCCAUCCAGAAUUACACCAAGUCCUUGGGAUCUCAGAUGACAGCAGGGUCACGUCCCGGCUCCUUGUCAAUGCAGUCCCGCCAAAGCCAACCCACCCCACCCCCUCAUGAACACCAACAGCAGCAGCAGCCGUCUCAGCAACCGUACCUCAGUAAGCUUCAAACCGAACAUCGCGUCUUUACGUCCACGCCGUCGGCAGGCCCGUCGUCUCUGAUCCAUUCGGCAACAUCCGAUGAUCAGCGACGCAAAGGAAGUGACGAAUUGCUUCAGCACCGAUCUCUCCUUGGUGUUGGUCUAGAUGCCAAACGGGGCGGUCGCGCGUCGCCUUUGCCCCAGGCUGUGCAGGGUGCCCAGGCCCAGAUCCUCGGCCCUGCAGGGGAGGCGGGUAUCAAGAGUGAACUGGGACGUGUUUUCUCUGGCAUUGGAAGUGGUGUCGGCGGUGUCACUGCCACUACAAGUGGCAGCGGACCUUCCACCCCGAUGGCUGCCAGCCCUUUCAAGCGCGACAGUCUUACCGGCCGAUCGGUCAACGGCGAGGCUGCUACAGAUGACCCCAGGAUUGCCCGUCCCCCGUCCGCGAACGGGAAAAAGUCAAGGAGGUCCAGGGAUGAAGAGGGCCGGGUAGACAGCGAAACCGGUUCCGAUCUGCGUGCAGGCGGUUCUGGACGUGGCCGUCGGAGUCGCCAUCUUCACCAUCAUCACCACCACCACCAUCAUCACCGUCAUAAACCCGAAGAGGAAGCGGCUGCAGCCGCUCUUGGCGGUGUCCAUCGCCCUCUGUCUUCGAUGAACUUUCUCCAUCGUGCGUCGACUCCCGGCGAGCAUAUGCCUGCAGCGACACCGCUAGGACAUCACCACCACCACCACCACCAUCACCAUCAUCAUCACGCUCCCCGUCCGUCGACUUCUGCAGCUACGGCCGCUAUCACUCCGAUGCGCGAACCCCGAACGAUGGUCAACAUCGAGCCCGUGCUGUCCAGCGUCGCGCAUCUCCCGCGGCACCACCUCGGAUCGACACUGUAUGCCACCCGAAUUGGCACUCCCACGGACAAGGCUACGCUGGAGAGCGCCAAGUUCGGAUAUACGACCACCCCACUCCCCCUCCCUCGCUUUGAAGGCAAGGAGAACUGUACCUUUACGGUGCGGGUUCCGCGCUAUCGCAUCGACUCUAGCCACCGCGAGGAAAUCUGCGCUCGACGUGCCCUGUGGGGCACCGGUGUGUACACAGAUGAUUCGGACCCGGUCGCGGCUGCUAUCCAUUCGGGAUUCUUCCGCGGCGCUUGGGGCGACGACGUCGACGUGGACAUGCUCGAUCUCGAAAUUAGAGAUGCGUAUCAGCACACGCCAAAGACCGCGCAAGAUGCCGGUCUUCCCGAGGGAGGGGAUCGACCCAAGAUUCCCCCUCUGCCUCCCCCAGAGAAGGACCUGCACAUCACCCUGCUGGUCUUGCCCCGCCUGGAGCGUUAUGACUCCAGCGUUUUGUUCGGCGUUCGGUCUCGGACCUGGGAAGGUUCGCACGACGGCAUGAGCUUCAAGGUGCUGCGCGUGGAGUGGGUCGACGAAGGCGUGGGCCGGGGUGAGGAGCGGAGCGGAGAGGCACGGCGCAAGCGACUGCGCGGUCUCAUGCAGAGCGGUCGCAUCUGCACCGGCCCCGGAGUCAUUAAGAUCGAGCAACUGCGCAACGGACAGAUCCCGCGACGCAAGACGAAAGCUAUGGAGAGUCAGGAGCCGGCGGCGGCGGCCGUGCAGCCCGUGUCAUGA